UAACGGGAUAAAAAAGUUUGCAAUUAAAAUAAAAAAUUGCAUUAUUAAUAACCAAAUUUGUUCAGACUGUAUAAGAAAUAUAUUUUUAAUGGAAAUUUAUAUGUUUACACGAGCAGACUGACGAGUCUCAUUUUUCAAGGAAAUAACAACGGCAAUAUCAGCUCUAUUGCGUCAAUGGAAUUCAAAGAAAACUCGCGAAAAAUUUGCCACAUUCAAUUGGUUUGUCCUCUGAAUUAAUUGUUUUAUUUUCAAGUACGCGAACAACGUGCGCAACGAAUUCGUCAUUUUCGGCAAUUUUAUUAGCCUCGUAAACAAUUCUUUCGAAAUUAUUUAUUUCCGCUUCCGUUGCGCAAAAAUUUACGCAAUUUGAAUACAGCCAUCGUUAGAGUACACUGGCAAUUGGUUUUUUAGCGAACUUUAAAAAAGGCAAUUCCAAGAAUUCGCCGAUCUCAAAAUUACAUAAAUACGUGUAUCUAAAAAAUGUUUUUAAUUAAUUUGAACCGCAUUUUAAUCUGUGCUUAAUAAAUACGCUAAUCGAAAGUCACUCAAGUACACCGUCAUGUGUAACUGUAUUUUUGCAAUCGACGAUAAUAGUAUCCAAAUACCAAUUAGUAUUUACUUCGAUCAAACAAAAGUCCAUUGUUUCGUUUAUAACGCUAUCAUGCGUGUCUAUCACGAGUAGAACGUAACAAAUUGAAUAUCGGGUAUAAUAAAAUGAAAUUCUGAAAAAAAAAUAAAAAGUCGAGUGGUGUCAAUAAAAUGAAAUUGAUAAAUUUUACAAUAAAAUCAACACGUCUAUCCGACGUUAUACGUGUAGAUAGUUUGUAGAAUUUUGAAUAUUUUUUUCUUUCCUUUUUUCCACUUUCACUCCAAUAACUCCCUGGAUUUUAUACUCCAUUUACAACGUAUACAAAACUGUGCAUGUGCAUGCUGUAUACGUAUGCAGAUUUUACGUUCCGGAUGUUGGCACCAGUGUAUACGUUCCGUCAGCUAUUUAUAACGAAAAGUUUACACGGUCAGACUGUUCUGCUUGAAAGCUGUUAAAGAGACAUGGUCCACGGAUGAUUCGAUAUUUUGUAACGGGAUACAAGAAAAAACACAGUACAAGAAAUAUUUUGGAAAUAUAUAUAUUUUUUUUUCAAAAAACAAAAUUACCUCAUUCAUAUACCUUGUGAUUAUUUGUGAUAAGAUGACACUAACAAUUACAUCAUAACAGACGAGUGCUGUUGCUACUGGUAACGAAUUUUGUUUUGUCACGUGGGUGGAUGGGUUAUAAAAAAAAAAACUUUACAAAAUAGGAAAAUUGCCAUGACAAAAUCAUCGUUGUCUCCGCGAUAAAGAAAAUUCCUUAUGAGAAGACACACGCGACGUCACGACCAAGGAGUCUUGUUGUUUUCGAAAUUUUGGGAAAUUAUGUUAAAAGUGGUAAGAUUUGUCAAAACGUGAUAUAGAGAAUGUCAAUAGCCGCUCCGAGGUUUCAGUGUAUCGAAAUGACAGGUGAAUAACCUCAUGUGUUAUCAAUGCUUUUAUUACGUGUUUUAUUUGACAUCGUUAAGUCUUCGAGUUUCCUCGUGUUUCAUAUUUCAAGGGAAAGCAUUAAAAGUUCAUCCUGGGAAGCCGUCCUUGUCGGCAACCAUGCAGAAGAGUAAAAUCCCUACUAAUAUCAACCAGCCAGGACGAGCAGGAUUGUUGCAGACUGACUCCGUGGAUCAGCUGACUGCUGAUUCCAGAAAUACUAAUGCCAAUUUGACAACCGUAAAACGCCGUUUAAGGAGUCAUUCAGCGUUCAAUGAAAAUUUUGCAAAGUCAAGGAGUCAGCCAUCCACAGCGGCCAUUAGCGUUGCUCAGAAGAGACUUUUGGAAAAUGAUUACACCACUAAGAAAAAGAAAUAUGCGAUUCUCAGAAAGGAACUGGUGGACAAGCAGAAAAUAACUCAGGAGUUAUAUGAGAGCAUAAAUCGUCUACGGGAAAAAGUGAUAUCACUAGGUUCUAAGGAUCCUGGAAAAAUCGAAGAGCUACCUCAGGUGAAUCAGGUUCCGGCAAAAAAAGGCCAGACUCCCGGUAUAUCAGAGAACGUUGAGAAUUGUCAAAAUCGAGUAGAAAUUUUGACACAGGAAUUCAUAAAGGACCUGGAGACGUCCUUUCAGCAAAUUCCUGAAUCUCUGCUGAGUAUUUGCCAGGAGGCGUUGGCAAAGCGCACUGAGAUCAUCUCCUGGCUAACAGAUUUUGGACAGGAAAAUACAGAAUUGAAUUUAGAUCCGGAGAUAGCGAAACAAUUGUCCCAGUACAAAUUAGAGAAUGCAGAAUUAGAGUUAAGGUAUGAGGAAGUGAAAAGAAGUCAGAAUGAAUUUGCCAGCAGGACGAAAGUUCUGCUGUCAGAAAUAGAGCGACUGAAAAAUCAAGAUCGCCUAACGCAAGAUCAGCUCAAAGUACUAAGACUGAAGAUGGACGAAAUCAUGGCAGAAUUAUUGGAGGAGCGUGAAAGAUCGAAUCAAGUUAAAGAGAAGAAAACUAAUAUGGAAACUCAACUUCAAAAAGCCAAAAAUCGAAUAAAGGAACUAGAAGUCCAAGUGACGUCUAAUGAGAAUCAUUUGUCGCAGUUACAGAAUCAGACACGUCAGAAAGAAACUGGCAAUGAACAGAGAGCACGGGAAAUGCAACGUUCUUUAAAAAGUAGUGACGGACUGGUGGCGCAGCUUGAGAAGCAGCGGGAGAGUCUGGAAUCACGAUUAAUCGAAUUGAAAAAGGAUAUUGACAAUAAACAAGCGGAAAUUAAUGAAAUGGCGGAAAAGUUCGAACAGAAAAUUGACAACGUCAAUAAGGAUUUGGAUGAGCAGAAAAAACUCCAACAGGAAACGGAAGUUGCGCUGAAUGAAGCUCAAGAACGUUGUCGUCAGUUAGAAAAGAAAUAUGAAGAAAUGUGCGAGUUGGCAAAGAAGUCGAAGGAACUUAAUGUAUCUGAUGGCGAACAUAAAGAAAAUGAGACGCGUCUUCGUAACGAGCUUGAGAGCUUGCGUGGAACAUUGACUGAGAAAGAUGAAAAAUUAGAAAGACUUAACCGCGAAAAGGAGGAAAUUAUUGCUGUCAUGCAUCAAGCUGCCAACGAGGAUAACGAAGCUACGCGUGAAAAAUUAACAGCAAAACUAGCAAUGAAGACUAAUGAGUUGCAAGCUCUACGCGCUGAGAACGCCGCACUGCGGAGGCGUCAGGAACUAGUCCAAGAGAGAAACAGUGGUUCAAUAAAUCAAAUGGCUGAAGUAAACAGAAAAUCGAGUCACGAAAAUGGAAAAGCUUUGAGUAAUCAGACGAUGGAAGUCCAACAGCAAAUUGCGGACUUACGUAAUGCAUUGUCGGAAACCGUACGGAAAAACGGAGAGCUGCAAAAAGUUCUGGCGAAAAAAGAAAUAGAGUUGGAGAAACGCGACAAGGACUUGAAGGAACAAAGUAAAAUUCUGAGAGUUCGAGACGAAGUCAUAGGUCUUAUCAAAGGCGCGGAUCAAAGAUCUAACGGAAACAAUAUAAACGAAUUACGUGAUGUCUUAGACGGCAACAAUAGAGACAUGGCACAAGUUAACAAACAGAUUGCCGCUAAAGCUGAACAACUGCGUGAAUUAUUUUCCACCCUGGAAUACAAACAGAUGCAAAUAAGACAACUGGAAACAAUGGUCAGGCAAAUGGACGAGCAACAAGAACGUGCCCAAGCUCAAAGGACACGCUUAGAAAAUAGAAUCGCCCAAUUAGAGUUGGCUUUAAUGGGACGUAACAAAGAACGGAGUAAAGGGUUCAGCUUCGCGUAAGGAAUUUUCAAAUGGUCUUCACAACGUUCUAGCCCGUCCAGUCAUACCAGGAACCAUUGAAGCACUGAAAGAUUAGCCAUUUUUCUUUUGAGUCUUGUUGUACGUUUGUUUUU